GCUCUCCCGGGUCAUAUGCCGGGGGCGGGGCGGGCCCGCGCGCUGCUCCUCAGGGCUCGGCCGGUGGCCCCACCGGCUCUCGUCUCGUCGCGGGGUCGAGCGGUACCGGCUCCUUCCGUCCCUCCGCCCGGCGGCUCGCCCGUCCUCUCCACUGCGCCAUGUCCCCCGCCAUGGUAGCCCGGGGGCUGGCGCUGGCCGCGCUGCUGGUGCUGAGCCCCGCGGGGGCAGCCCGGCAGGCGCGGAGGCCCAACGUGGUGCUCAUCCUCACGGACGACCAGGACGUCUGCCUGGGCGGCAUGACCCCCUUAAAGAAGACCAAUGCUCUUAUUGCUCAGAUGGGAAUAACCUUCCUAAAUGCAUACGUUCCCAGUGCACUUUGCUGUCCCAGUCGAGCUAGCAUUUUAACAGGAAAAUAUCCACACAAUCAUCAUGUUGUCAAUAACACUCUGGAAGGAAACUGUAGCAGCAAGUUAUGGCAGAAGAUUCAAGAACCUUAUACCUUCCCAGCGCUGCUCAAAACUAUGUGUGGUUAUCAAACAUUCUUUGCUGGAAAGUACUUGAAUGAGUACGGAGCAGAGGAUGCAGGGGGAGUAGGUCAUGUCCCUCCUGGAUGGAGUUUUUGGUAUGCUUUGGAGAAAAAUUCAAAGUACUACAACUACACUCUUUCGGUAAAUGGCAAAGCACGAAGACAUGGUGAGAACUACAGCGUAGAUUAUCUGACAGAUGUACUGGCUAACAUGUCAUUGGACUUCUUGGAGUAUAAAUCUAAUUUUGAGCCUUUCUUUAUGAUGAUCUCCACCCCAGCACCACACUCCCCUUGGACAGCUGCUCCACAGUAUGCAAAGAGCUUUCAGAAUGUCAGUGCACCAAGAAACAGCAAUUUUAAUAUUCAUGGAAAGAACAAGCACUGGUUAAUUCGACAAGCAAAAACUCCAAUGACUAACUCUUCAAUACAGUUUCUUGAUGAUGCUUAUAGAAAGCGGUGGCAAACUCUGCUGUCAGUAGACGACCUGAUAGAGAAACUAGUGAAGAAGCUGGAACUAAAUGGAGAGUUAGACAACACGUAUAUCUUUUACACAUCAGACAAUGGCUUCCACACUGGCCAAUUUUCUUUACCAAUAGACAAACGGCAGCUGUAUGAGUUUGACAUCAAAGUUCCAUUGCUAGUUCGAGGACCGGGGAUAAAACCAAAUCAGACAAACAAGAUGCUUGUUGCAAAUAUUGAUUUGGGUCCCACUAUUCUGGAUAUCGCAGGGUAUGACUUGAAUAAGACCCAGAUGGAUGGGAUGUCACUAUUGCCACUGUUGAAAGGAGACAAAAAUGUGACCUGGAGAUCAGACUUCUUGGUGGAGUACCAAGGAGAAGGAUACAAUGGCAGUGAUCCUACCUGUCCUGGCCUAGGACCUGGAGUCACACACUGCUUCCCAGACUGUGUCUGUGAAGAUUCCUAUAACAACACAUAUGCUUGUGUGAGGACCCUGUCGACUACCUGGGACCUGCAGUACUGUGAAUUUGAUGACCGGGAGGUGUUUGUGGAAGUGUAUAACUUGACUGCAGAUCCACACCAGAUCAAUAACAUUGCCAAAACAAUUGAUCAAGAAAUUCUAGAGAAGAUGAACUAUCGAUUAAUGAUGCUGCAGUCCUGUUCAGGAGCAACUUGCCGUACACCAGGUGUCUUUGAUCCCGGGUACAGGUUUGACCCACGUCUCAUGUUCAGCAAUCAUGGUGUUCGGGCUCGGAGGUUUUCUGCACAGCCCUUGUGAGGCAUUUAAAGCCUCUUGGAAUCAGCUCUCACUGACCAGUUUCUCCAGUGACUGCAGCAGGUCUGUCUCUGUAACUUGUUGAUUGCAGCUGGAAGACUGGGCUAUUCAAACCCUGUGUGGAAGAAGACCCCUUGUCUUUAGCUGGUUGCCUUGUGCAAUAUGUAUAUUUUACAGCUGAACUGUAACUUAAUUCUGAAUCAUUAGACACAGCUAAUCUGUCUUGCUCAGAUAGUUGAUUACCACCUUUGUCUUUCAACUACCUUUUCAUAUCACUGACACAGAGGUGAACCUAUGCCUAUGAAUCUGAACAGUUUAUUUUGUUCUAAAAAUCAAUAAAUGCGUAUUUGAGUUGGGUUAGGUAGGCAGGUGCUAUUGCACAGUAAUGCUCACCCAUAUUCAGUGUCAUACUUUGUUAAAAGCUAUGUUUAAUUAUAGGUUUCCUGUAUCAAGCUCAGAGCUGUUAAUGACAAUAGUGAACUAGCCCAAAAUAGCGUAGGAAGGCAUUAGUCAAAACUGUAGCAUCUGACUAGCAAGUGUCUUGUGCAGAAUUAAAAUCCAUGAGCUAAAUUUUCUUUUUCAGUGAGACCACUUCAAAUGAGACCAAUGAAUUUUGUAGGUCAGCUUUGGUAGUUUGCAAACAAGAAUGUAAUUUCAACCUCCUUCUGGUCUGAGAUGCUGGAACACGUUACUAUGUACUACUGAAAAAAACCUCUUAGGGUUUAAUGUAGGCUUCCUAGUGAGUUAAACAAGAGUGUUGAGACUAACAAGUAUUCAAAUAAGUGUGCCUGUGUUUUGAGCUAACUCUUAAGUCUGUUUUAACACAUCAACAGAAGUAAUACUAAAAACAACAAAAAAAAAAAAUCCACAAAAAAAAACCACACCUGGAGCACCACAGAGUUGAUCUGUCUCUAAUCUCCAAAUGUCUUUGAUUGCCUAACAUAUUUUGUUGAUUAUAUUCUUGAAGGUAAAUUAUUUUGAGAGAAAACUAGCUAAAAAGAAAGAAAUUAUCACUCAUUAGAAGUUAGGCUGAGAGGGCUAUUUUAGGCAGUUUAAGUGCUUCAUAGUGUUGCUUUUUGGUUGAGACACAACUACUCAGAGCCUGCAGUAAGUGGCCUUCACACCGAAGGACUGACGUCAGAUGUCUGACUGCAGUACCUUAUUUUGGUUUCCCUUUGGAAGGGUGGUGAUGUCUUUUCAACCUUCUGAUUAGGCUUAUCUGACAUGCAGCCAGCACUUGCAUCUUAACUUGAGUAUCUUUUCUAAAUUUUGAAAACCACCCAAACUUGUAUUGGCAAAUAACUUCUGUAUAGAUUCAUUGGCAAAACACCUUCCAGAAACCCUGAUUUGUCUGUCUUUUGCAAGACAAGUUCAUGUUGCUUGUGGGCAAAUCAACUGUGUUAUCAGGCAAGAUAAUCUUACCAUUGGCAAAGAAAUUGUGGUACAGCUGCUUAGUUUUUAGUUAUUUCAGAUCUUUUACCUAAAUACAAAGCCUGAUGAUCUCAUAUUCUGUCACACAAAACCUACUACUAAGUAAUCAUUAAGUAGGCAACAAAGUGUAACUCUUCCAAAACUGUGAGGUUGCAUACCCUGGUGCACAGAGCCUCAAACUGGAUACAAGCAAUGCUACAAUAAGAUAAGUUCAACUUUCUUGGCUUUUAAUUAUGAAGCACAGAAGUUGUCCUUCAUGUAGCUCACAGUUGUGAAUUUCUGUGGUGGGCUACAGGUUAGACUUUACAUAGAGCUGUUGUGUCUAACUCGUUGUUUUACAUCUCCAGAGUGACCAAAUAUUUGGAGACAAAAAAAAAAUAGCUUGAAAGGUAGCUUUUCAGCUAGAGCAUCUGUAUAAAUGCAGAGGCUUUUGGAUACUCACUCUUUAUAUGCUUUCAAAUACUCAGGACUCUUUUUCCUCCACUACAACUGUAGCUUUAUCUUGUUCUUUGUUUCUCAAGCCUUAGUAUUGCCCAUCAAUAUCCUUCAAACUCUGUUUUGUCUUCAAAAACAAAACCAAAGUUGUUUUCAUAUUCUCAAGCAUUUUCUUGCACACCAAGGUAAACCUGAAGUUAAUUUAUGUAGUAUUUUGCUCAGAUAAUUCUAGCAACUUAGACUUAUUCUUUGUUUAAACUUUAUUUUAGUAGCUGUGUGGAGGCUAGAGUGGAAUACAGUGAUUGCUGCACAUUAAACCCUCAACAGUUCUAUCAAAUCUAGGGCAUAUGUCAAGUUUCUACUUAUGUUUCAGUGCAAGUAAUGUGCAUUAUGUUGCUUCUUAAGAGAAAGAAAUACCUUUAUUAUGGGUACAGGUGUGUAACUCUAACAUGUUUCUUGAAGUGAUCUUAAGCCAUAAAAAAGAAACUUUCUUUUGAACGAUUUACUGUUUGCCUAAUACCUAACAUGAAAGUUGACAGAACUGAUAUAGAUUAUUCAGUAUGUGUGACCUGAUGUUUUACCCAAAUUAACACUCUUGCUGUCUGUGCACACCUGUGAAGCAUUUUGUCUGUAACUAGGCUCAAUGACUUAACACACUCACUGUCAGAGAACCACAUUAUACCUGAAAGCUGUCAUAGGUAGUGAAUGUAUCAAAUUGAAAUUCAGAAUGAAAUUAGUCCUUAACCAAAAAGGUUCAGGAAAGUAUCUGCUUCACUCCCUCUUUUGAUAAAGAUUUAGAACUGUUCAGCAAAAGCAAGUGGUUGAAGGAAGAACAGGAACCAGCAGCUGUCUGCCUUCCAUUGCUGUUAGAGGGAUUUGUCACUUGUCUGGUGCCUGUUUCCAUGAAGCAGUUAAUUCUGGGUGGUUUUACAGCCUUGAAUGAACAGUGUUAGUUCUUAUCCUUGAUGAUUAAAACAAAAUACUAUGAAGGAACUUUGCCUUUUACCCAGAUCUAGUUCCCAACUAAGUGAUUUCAAAACUAAAUGGUCUUCCUGCAUAUUCCAUUUCAUACUGCUGUUUGACCAUGGCUGUAUCUGUACCUUGUUACUGAUGGCAUUUGUGUUAAAUGAAAAGGCCUCAAAGGUACAGAGUUGGGUUUAGGGAAAAUGUGUUGGUUUUUUUGUUUUGUUUUUUGUUUUUUUAAAUCAUUAUUAUCAAAAGCAGAGCUGUGAAUUUUCAUUAUCUGGUAAAGUAGGUACUACACAGGGAGAAAUACAGUUAAUAACUUUGACAUUAUCUUAAACCAAAAAACAUUCACUAUCAUAACUUCAGUGUAAGUGAAUACAGCUUGGUACAUGCUCACCCAGCAUAAGCCCAGUAAAAAUUGGGCUUCUUCAUUCUAUGGACUAAAGCAGGGACAUACCCAUACAACUACACAGCCAAAGCAGGUAUAAUACUUUUUCAAUCAAGUUAAAUUUAAGACUGAUUCUACAAUACAAUACUUCAUCAUAAUGGAACAGUUGUCAUUUAUUGUGAUUCAAGUAAAUGAAUUUUAUUUGUAUUACUCUCUGUAUGUGAGCAUACUUUGCUGUAGCAUGUUGUGAGGAUACUUCUGCUGUUUUAAACAUUUGUUUAGAAAGUGCCCUUCCAGAGGACCCUGUUCACUGCUGCACUUUUGGGGAAAGAAAAAAAUAAACUGCCUAUCAAACUUGC